AUGGCCCUACAAGAAAAGGAACCACAAACUACGAACCACAUGGGCACCAGUACCCCGGAUGCGGGAUUCUGGCGCCGGUUCUCCAUUGCUGUCCACGCGGAAGAAGCAGCUAAGACUCCCACUCCUGAUAAAGAGUGGACGUUCUGGACGGAUGACUGGCUCAAAUCUCAACGUCGGAAGAAAAUACGCGCGCGUCUCCUCGGCUGGCUGCUGGCGUUCUUCAUAAUCGGUUUUGGUGUCGGUGCCGGCAUCGUGAUCUGGUUAUUGGCGAAAAACCAUUGGGAUCCUUAUGCGGCAUUCAAUAUUUCUAACCGGUAG